CGCUUUCCUCAUUUCUUCACUUCUCUUCUCUUUCAAUUCUCUCUCUCUCUCUCUCUCUCUCUCUCUCUCUCUCUCUCUCUAAUACUGAAUACUGAUUCAAAUAAUUCAAAAAAUUGAAGAAUGUUGCAGCUACUCUACACUGCAAUUUUCAUCGAAAUGCUUUUGAUUCUAACCCUAGUUUUCAAAACCCCAUUAAGAAAACUAGUCAUAGUUUCUUUGGAUCGAGUCAAACGAGGUCGUGGACCAAUCGUUGUAACAACCGUUGGUGCAACGUUAGUUGUUGUGCUUUCUUCUAGUCUCUAUAGUAUGGCUAAGAUCCAGCAACGUACAAUUGAAGCUGGUAUAAUUAAUCCAACUGAUCAAGUUCUUAUGUCUAAACACAUGCUCGAAGCUUCUUUAAUGGGUUUCAUGCUGUUCCUCUCUCUAAUGAUUGAUAGAUUGCACCACUACAUAAGAGAGCUUCGUUUACUCAGGAAGACCAUGGAAGCUGUUAAGAAACAAACCCGAAGUUUUGAGGACGGUAAAAACGGAAACACAGAGGAGCAAAAAGCAUUGGCCGAAGAAAUUACCACAUUGAAGUCUAAAGUUAAGAUGCUUGAAUCUGAAUGUGAGUCAAAAGGAAAUAAGGAAAAGACAUUACAUACCGAAGUAGAGGCUCUUAAAAAGCAAUCCGAAGGGUUCCUCAUGGAAUACGAUCGUCUCUUGGAAGACAAUCAGAAUCUUCGGAGUCAGUUGGAGACGAUGGAUCAGAGCUCUUUGCAUCUUGAUAACAAAAAGAGCACAUGAGGGUUAAUUAAAAUAUCUAGACAAAAACAGUUUUUUCUUUGUUUUAACUUCUGUUAUAGUGUUUUACAUGUUUGCUGAAUGAGUUCACAGUUGUAAAUUCUAAGCUUCUAAAAACAGGUAUGCGGAUUGAGUAAACUUAUUGUUAUUUAAGCAGCUAGCUCAUAUAUAUUGUUAUAAAGGAACUGAUUGUCAUGGCCUUAGGUUGAUUUUGAAAUAUUCAUAGUUUUGAUGUAACUCUGCAUCAUUGGGUAAACUUUGAAAAUCUGCAAAUACAUUUGACUUAAA